CACCCGUUUCCCACUGCAAAACACCGACUCCGAUAACAUCGCUCCGAAUCUCUCACUCUUUCUUCUCUCGACUCGCUUUUUCCCUCUCUUCUUCCUUUCUCUCUCAUCUCCUUCCAGAACCUCCGUCAAUUCCGCCGCCGUCGCGCCGAUCUGAAGGAUUUCGUUGCAGAUCCAGGUUCUUCAGCCUCCAGUGCUGCUGUGUGGACUGUUUACUGAGGAAGGGAAGUGAGGAUCGAGUUCGAGAGGAAGCGGGGAGUUUGUUGAGGGUUUUGUUGAGAUUGUCGAGAUGGCGCCUAGUACGAUUCGGAAGGCGAUCGGGGCUGUGAAGGAUCAGACGAGUAUUGGAAUUGCGAAAGUUGCGAGUAAUAUGGCGCCGGACCUUGAGGUGGCGAUCGUGAAGGCGACGAGCCAUGACGAUGAUCCGGCUAGUGAGAAGUACAUCAGGGAGAUUUUGAGUCUGACAUCGUAUUCUCGUGGAUAUGUGAGUGCGUGUGUUUCGGCGAUUUCGAAGCGUUUGGCCAAGACGAGGGACUGGAUUGUGGCGCUCAAGGCACUGAUACUUGUGCAUAGGUUGUUGAAUGAAGGGGACCCGGUGUUUCAGGAGGAGAUCUUGUAUGCUACUAGAAGAGGUACGAGGCUGUUGAAUAUGUCUGACUUUAAGGAUGAAGCUCAUUCGAGCUCGUGGGAUCACUCAGCGUUUGUUCGAACUUAUGCAUUCUACUUGGAUCAACGGCUGGAAUUGAUGUUGUUUGAGAAGAAAGGUGGUAGUACAAGGGGAAAUUCCCGUGGGGAUGAUAGAUUUGAUGGAAGAGAUGACUUUAGAUCUCCACCUCCGAGGCCCUACGAUAACAGUUACGGUGAGUAUAGGGGAGAAAGAGAGUAUGGAAAUUAUGGUGGGAUGAGGAGGUCGAGAUCUUAUGGUGAUGUGGGAGAAUCUGUGGGGAGGGACGGGCAGGGGCAGGGGCAUAACAACAAGGGGCCGGUGACCCCGUUGAGGGAAAUGGCGAUUGAGAGAAUUUUCGGGAAGAUGGGACAUUUGCAGAGACUGUUGGAUAGAUUCUUGUCAUGUCGACCGACAGGGUUGGCGAAGAAUAGUAGGAUGAUUUUGUAUGCUUUGUACCCUCUAGUGAGGGAAAGUUUUCAAUUGUAUGCAGAUAUUUGUGAGGUUUUGGCUGUUUUGCUUGACAAAUUCUUUGAUAUGGAGUAUUCCGACUGUAUGAAGGCAUUUGAUGCAUAUGGUAGUGCAGCCAAGCAGAUUGAUGAGCUAAUUGCAUUCUAUAAUUGGUGUAAAGAUACGGGAGUUGCUAGGUCCUCUGAGUAUCCAGAGGUGCAGAGAAUCACUAGCAAGUUACUGGAGACAUUGGAGGAGUUUUUGAGGGAAAGAGGGAAGAGACCAAAGAGUCCCGAGAGGGAGCCACCUCCACCCGCUCCUGAAGAGGAAGAACCAGUGCCUGAUAUGAAUGAAAUAAAAGCUCUUCCUCCACCUGAAAAUUACACGCCACCUCCGCCCGAGCCCGAGCCCCAGCCUGCGCCCAAACCUCAACCACAAGUCACGGAAGACUUGGUCAAUCUAAGAGAUGAUGGAGUUAGUGCAGAUGAUCAAGGUAAUAAACUGGCAUUGGCUCUGUUUGCCGGUCCAGUAGCGAAUGGCGCAAAUGGAUCCUGGGAAGCUUUCCCUUCCGAUGGACAGCCAGAAGUAACCUCUGCCUGGCAGACCCCAGCUGCCGAACCUGGCAAAGCCGAUUGGGAGUUGGCUUUGGUUGAGACAGCAAGCAAUCUAUCAAGGCAGAAAGCAGCACUCGGUGGUGGACUGGACCCGUUGUUGCUAAAUGGGAUGUAUGAUCAAGGAAUGGUUAGGCAGCACACUAGCACCGCACAGCUGAGCGGUGGAAGCGCUAGCAGUGUAGCAUUGCCUGGCCCUGGGAAUAGCAAAACUCCGAUACUGGCUCUUCCAGCUCCAGAUGGAACUGUCCAGACAGUGAAUCAGGAUCCUUUUGCCACAUCGUUAAGCGUUCCAGCUCCUUCUUAUGUGCAAAUGGUGGAGAUGGAGAAGAAACAGCAUCUGCUGAUGCAGGAACAGCAGUUAUGGCAGCAGUAUGCAAGAGAUGGGAUGCAGGGGCAGAGCAGUUUGAACAAAAUCAGUAACCCUCCAGGUUACUACAAUACAGGCAUGGCACCAAUGGCUCCGAUGCCCUAUGGAAUGCCUCCGAUGAACGGAAUGGGCGGGUAUUACUACGUUCCUCAAUGAAAUAUAUGCUUGCCUUUUACAUAUAUAUACUCUGUCAAUCUUGUAUUCUUAGUGUAUUUCUUUGCCUAAAUGAUAUAAUUUUUGUUUCCUUCUGCUAUUUGUGCGAGAAAAAUGGUGUUGGAACUUUGUUUGACUAUGGAAGCUGAUAUUGUUUUAUGGAUUUUGAUAAUGGAAGUCCCAUAAAUCCCUACUCUAA